CAAUUAUUAGAUGCUCAUCAACCUCAAAUGAUCAUAACCCAGGUCUCUCUCCUCGGCCGCAUCCCCCAAUUGACGACAACGACACAGCACGAUGCUCUCACGAUUAACCGCACGAAGAGCGCUGCAGCUCCCCCAGCGGAUGUGCGCUACGCAGCGUACUUUCACAAACUCCGCCCGUCUAUUCGAUGCCAACACACCCGCGGUUAAAGGUGAAACCACGCCGGAAACCAAAACAGAAGAAGAUACGCUAGGCGUGGUAGAGAAUGAAGAGAGGGGCUUGAAGCAGGCGCCGAACCGUAAAGAGAUCUGGUCGAGGAGUCAAAAACCAAGGGCCCUAGCCAUGACGGGCCCAAGAUUUGAACAAACCGAUUUCUCCCUCCAGCCUCAAGCACAAGCAGCAAUUGAACUCAUCCACAAGAAGCCGGUGGCGUGGACUCACGACCGAGUGGUGGCAUGUGAUGGCGGAGGGGGCCCGGCAGGACACCCCAGAAUCUUCAUCAACACGGACAAGCCGGAGAUCGCUGUUUGCGGCUACUGCGGUAACCCAUUCGCAAACGAACACCACCGAGAGCACCUAGAAUCAUUACCACAGCCUUCCUAUCCGCUUGCAUGAGAAUGGGCGAGCAAUUAGUUGUGAAUUGGCACCAAAUGGAUAUGGCUUGGUCCCUCGGGUUUAACCAGCCAUUGAGAGAAGCUAAUUCAGCUAUGUACAUAUUGCUUUCGACUGCUUAGACACCUAAAAUUAUUUCCAUGAAGAUAUCAGUAAAAACUAAGCCUAUGUUCGGUCAUUUCGUGUCCAUUUGCUUGAUCACCUACCUACAUUUC